AUAGAAUUUAAUUUCGAGAAAGUUCUAGGAUAUAAUCAUCCAUAUUUGGUAAUUGAACUGUACUAACCAGAAAUUACGAGAAAAAGCAUAAAAUAAGAUAUAAAUAAGGCCGAGAAAUAACUAUUGGGAGAAAAUAAAAAAAUAUUUCUUAAAAUAUUUUAAACGAAAAGAUGUCUAUUUACGGUUGGAAUAACGACUUUAACCAAUUGGAACGAUCUGUAAAUCGUCUUUUUGAUAAUUUUAUGAAUGAUUUGAGUAGCGCAAGAAGGUCCGAACGUAACCAAAAUGAAGUAGCGAGAAGAUAUUGGUCUCCUUUGAUUGAUGUUCACGAAAGCGAAAAAGAAUUUGUCGUUAACGCAGAUUUACCAGGAAUUCCCAAAGAACAAAUUAAUGUUGAUGUUCACGACAAUACUCUUGUAAUUUCUGGUGAAAAUAAGCAGGAACAAAAAUACAAAGAAGGAAACACUCAUAUUCAAGAGCGUCGUUUUGGCUCCUUCACUCGUUCCAUUCCUUUACCACGAAACGUUAAAGUGGAUGAGAUUUCUGCUAAAUUUAAUCAGGGUGUUCUUGAAGUCUCUCUUCCAAAAAGUGAACCAACUGGAAGAAAAGUUACAAUUAGCUAAAAUAGUGUUAUUAAAUAUCAGAUAUACAUAUUAUAUAUAUGUUUAUAUGUAUAUGUUCUACUUGACAACAUCGUUAUUUUAAAUAAAAAUCAUUUAUAAUCAACUUUUAAAUACUUCUUGUGAAAAUUUUUUUUAUGUAUGCAUUUUUUCUUACAUU